ACGGACCUUAGGUCUUCUGACAUGAGUUCAUUCCAGGUUGUGGAAGAACACCCCAAUAACACUGUUGUUUACCCUAAAGGUCUGCCAAAUGAUAGAGGGUCGCGUAGUGUGUUCUAUGGAGUAGGAAUUGUAGUUGUACUGGUAGCAGUAGCAGUACGUUUAUCUGCUUCAGAAAUCAUUCUGCGCUCAGCAUUACAAUUGUUAUUAUUCUGUUUCUUUGGAUUGGUAACUGCACAACUUUUGCUGAUAAGAUUCAGUCUUCUUUGUGAAGAAAGGCACCAUAUCCAUGGCAGAUAUGGUGGCAGCAAGAUACGUUUGUUCAGAAAUGUUUGGAACAUGAACAUGAAAACAAUGUCAGCUUUCAUCAUUGGUGUUGUUUAUACCAUAAUUUAUUGUAUGCAGUAUGGAAACCCUGUCUUGUUAAUUCAAGACGUUGGCCCUCACUCAACUUUUUUCAUUUUCAUUGCUGCAUAUGUAAUUUGCAAUCUAAUUAAAGUGGAAGAAAGCAAAUUGCAGAAUUCAAUAAUGCUUGAACGGAUGAAUGGAAUGGAUUAUGGCAGUGGAAUGGCCUAUAAUUUUUUUUAUGGAUAUUUGGAUAUUGUCCUCCCAAACAGGGGAGGAAGUGAAAAAGGUAUGAUUGAGAAGAUUGAAGAUUAUAUUGACCAACAGGGACUAAAUGAUUCUAGUUUCCCAGUAAAGAAACUUUUCAUAAUUAUACCAUCAUCUGCCUACACUCCAAGUAAACUGAGUGACAUCGCAGAUGGCUGGAUGGAGCCUGCUGGGAGCUUGGAAUCACAUAUUUUGAAUAGAGCAGGUGUACAACAACGUGUGUAUAAAAAUUCUGUAUACAGGAUAAAAAAUCCUAAUACAAACGAUGAACCUGUAUACGUAGCUGCAGAAGGUGCAACUCCUUUGAAAAGCCUCCACGAUGCUAUUUCUCGAAGUGGAGAAAAUCAAGUAUUUUACAGAGAACACUUACAGGAGCUGAUGUCACUUUUCUACAAAACGUUACGUAAAAUUAUAAAAGCGGACCGCGAUUGUCGCGAUUUGUGUGAGAUUGUAUAUUACAUUGAUCUUGAUGAACAUGGAAACAGAUGUGUGAACAUCGCAGAACUUUUACUAUAUCGCAUAGAACAACUGAAAAAUAUGUAGAGGCUCUGAAUGUUUUUUUUAUUAAGAAUGUGUGCCAAUUGUUAUUCCAUCAAGCAUAUUAUUGACAUACUUUUUAGAAUGACAGUUUUUAUUUUAUUUGUAUCUAACAGACACAAUUUUUGGUCGUUACAUGAAGAAUUUUAAAUAUUUUUGGACUGAAAGUGCCUUUGUAAUUUUAUAUUUUUAAAAUUUGUUUACAAGAACUGACUUCAUGUAUUAUAACAUAAUAAUUGUGAAUUAUAUCCUAAAGAGACUACAUCAGUAAAAUCAACGGGAAAAUUUAAAACAAUUUUUUAUCCAACAUGGCAUUAUUAAGAAGAAAUAAAACAGCUUAUUGACUAUAUUGGUAAAAAAAACGUUGUGCAAUCAAACCAAAACUAGUUGGUUACUGUAAUCAUUCAUAGUAAUAUCUGAUGAUGUACUUAAAAAUACUUUUAAAAAUUUUUUUACACUGUAUCUCCAAGAGAAAUAGGUGAUUGUACCAUAAAAUGAAAUGAGAGACAAGAAUGUUACAAAAUGGGUGACGAGAGGCUACACUGCAUGUAAAUAUCAUCAAAGCAUCAUUCUGUAAUAUUUAUUGUGACACUGUGGUGCAAAAUAUUUUUAUAAAAAUAAACAAUAUGUGUUUUCUGAAA